AUGGAUUUGCGUAAACAGAUGUGGACAGUGCUAGCAGUGCUUUCUCUUAUCGUUCAAUAUUCUCAGGCCAAAGUCCCCUGGGAAGUCCAACGAUAUGACGGCUGGUAUAACAACUUAGCCUAUCACAGUCGAGGUGCUGUUGGUUCCCCCUUGGUCCGCCUCCUGCCCGCGCGCUACUCUGACGGGGUCCUCCAGCCGCUCCAGGAGCCACAGCUCCCCAACCCGCGCAGGGUCAGCGAUGUGACGGCCAGGGGCCCCUCGGGCCUACCCUCUGCACAUAACCAGACUGUACUCUCUGUAUUCUUCGGGUACCACGUUGUAUUUGAGAUCCAGGACUCCCGUCCUCCCGGCUGUCCUCCGGAAUUUAUGCACAUCCCUGUCCCAGAGGGAGACCCAGUCUUUGACCCCAACCGUACCGGCCAGGUCCUACUGCCAUUCCAGAGGGGGCCCUGGGAAAAACACUCCAGCCAGAGCCCCAAUAACCCCCGCACUCAGGUGAACCUGGUGACAGCGUGGCUGGACGGCAGCUCUAUCUACGGCCCGUCUAGUUCCUGGUCUGACGCCCUGAGGAGUUUCUCUGGAGGUCUCCUAGCCUCCGGGGAGCAGUGGGACAUGCCCAAGAGGAGGGGGGGCAGUAACCUCAUGUGGAGUGCUGCUGAUCCCUCCACUGGCCAACAUGGACCUGAGGGACUCUAUGAGUUGGGUAACGGCUGGGGCAACGAGAAUGUGUUCACCAUGGCCGAGGGGAUCGUGUGGUUUCGCUACCACAAUUACAUCGCCUCCCAGCUGUGUGAGAAACACCCGUCGUGGUCUGACGAAGACCUGUUUCAAAGCGCCAGGAAAACUGUGGUCGCCACGUUCCAGAAUAUUGCAUUCUAUGAAUGGCUGCCUGGAUUCCUGGGGAAACAGACUAUGUCUCCAUACCUAGGCUACCAGAAGUUUGUGGAUCCAGGGAUCUCACCUGAGUUUCAGGCAGCUGCCAUACGUUUUGCCUCUACGAUGGCGCCCCCUGGGGUCUUCAUGAGGAACAGAACAUGCCACUUUCAGAAGGUUGUCAACGUCGACGGGAGCACGUCGCCAGCCAUUCGCCUGUGUAACAGCUUCUGGAACCGGCAGAACCCCAACCUGAAGUCCGGACAGGAUAUAGAUCGACUGCUUAUGGGCAUGACCUCGCAGAUCGCGGAGAGAGAGGACAACGUCAUCGUGGAAGACUUGAGAGAUUAUAUGUACGGGCCUCUGCGGUUCUCGCGGUCGGACUUGGUGGCUCUGACGGUGCAGAGAGGCCGAGACUUUGGCCUGCCCAGCUACAACCAGGUCAGAGAGGGGCUGGGCCUGGUCCCUGUAGAGAGGUGGGGAGACAUAAACCCUCAGCUCAACACCACCAACCCACAGCUAUUCAGGGACCUGGCAGACCUGUACCACGGGGAUAUCUCUAAACUGGAGCUGUUUCCUGGAGGUCUCCUGGAGUCUGUGGACGGUCCUGGUCAGGUCUUCUCCUCUAUCAUACUGGACCAGUUUAAUCGCAUCAGGAAUGGAGACCGCUUCUGGUUCGAGAACACACAGAACGGUCUGUUCACAGCUGAAGAGCUGCAGGCCAUUCGCAACACAACCUUUCAUGACGUCAUUACAGCGGUCACCGGCGCGGAGGCUGAGGACAUACAGAGAAGAGUCUUCUUCUGGAAGGAUGGUGACCCUUGUCCCCAGCCCUCUCAGGUCACAACCUCUGAGCUCCACCCCUGCACCAAAGCCACCAAGCUCAACUACUUUGACGCAGGGAGUAAAGCUGGCUUCGGCAUCCUAGUCAUCUGCCUGUUCCUCUUUCCCGUUGGUCGAAAGGCCAAGUUUAUGUGUCAGGUUAGAAGUUCCAGAAGUGUGAUGUGUCAGGUGUGUGAUGUGUCAGCUUGUGAGUGGCAGGGCCCUAAGAAGCCCUUACGUCCAGUCAAUCUGUUGGUGGAUGAUAAGAGGAGACUGCAGGUGUUUGACCAGUCUGGACCCGCUCAACGGUCACUCAGCCUUGGUUCCCAGACCCACCUAGACGUCCUGCUGUCCAGUGACUAUUACUGCAGAGCUCUGCUGAUGAAAGCACCCAAAGAGUAUGACCUGGUGCUGUUCUUUGAGGACGAGGGCCAGCGUGGAGAGUUUGUCCGGUAUCUUCGCUCUGAGGUGACAGACGGUGGACAGGAGCUGGCGGUGAGGGACAUGACAGAGAAGGAGUUACUGAGAGAGGCAGUGACCAGAGACCAGAGGACUCAGAUAGUUGAGACCUUCAUCAGGAGUGCCUUUGCCAAGGUCCUGGAGAUAGAGAGGGCUGGUGUCAGAGACCGGAGCGGUGCGUCCUGUAGGAAGACCCGGGAGGCCCUGCAGACUGAGCUGACAGGAACUGAGUUUGCAGACGCUCUGGGACUCAAACCGGACUCGCUCUUUGUCGACUCCAUGUUCACGCUGGCCGACAAGGACGGAAACGGAUACCUCUCCUUCCAGGAGUUCCUCGAUGUCAUCGUCAUUUUCAUGAAAGGUUCACCAGAGGAAAAAUCCAAACUGAUGUUCUCAAUGCACGACGUUGACGGAGACGGUUUCUUAUCAAAAGAGGAAUUUUCUGGACUACUUCGGUCAUUCAUAGAGAUCUCCAGCAGCCUUCUGUCUAAAGGCCAGGCUGAGGAGGCUAUCCAGGCCAUGCUACAGGCCGCGGGCUUCAACGAGAAGGAACAGAUCAGCUGGGAGGACUUCCACUUCUUGCUCCGGGACCACGAGAAGGAGCUGAAAUUUGCCCAGCUCAACAUUAAAGGGAUGGAAAAGGAGGGAGGAAACAGACUGAGUCGAAACCAACGUGUAUCUUUCAUCACCCCAGAGAGGAAUGGCUCGCCCUUAGAAGGGGACACGCAGUUCUCCAGCAGCCUGGGGAAAGACGGACAAGGGCUUCGUAGACGACAAAGGAAAAGAUCGGGCCUCCAGAGUCCGAAAGUGUACGUGAAACCCAAGAAGGAUCGCUCCAGCAGGAACGCCGUCCAGCAGAAGAUACAGCACUUCAAACGUUUCAUAGAGAACUACCGUCGCCAUAUUGUCUGUUUCACCAUCGUCUACGGCAUCACAGCUGGAGUGGCGCUGGAGAGAUGCUACUACUAUGGUUUGCAGGCAGACUCUUCGGGCGUGCCGGAGACGUCGGCGGUGGGCAUAGUGGUGUCGCGUGGUUCGGCGGCGGCCAUCUCCUUCCUGUACCCCUACAUGCUGCUGACGGUGUGCCGUAACCUCAUCACCCUGGGACGAGAGACCUUCCUCAACCGAUACAUCCCCUUCGACGCCGCUAUAGACUUCCACCGCUUCAUGGCCAUGUCCGCCAUCUUACUCACAGUCACCCACUGUCUGGGUCACGUGGUGAACAUCUACGUGUUCUCGGUCAGUGACCUCAGCAUCCUGGCCUGUCUGUUCCGAGUCCUAGCCAACAACGGGUCUGAGAUGCCGAUGAGAUGGUCGUGGUGGUUCUUUCAGACAGUUCCAGGAAUGACGGGCAUCCUGCUUCUGUUCAUCUUUGCGUUUAUGUACGUCUUCGCCUCACACUACUUCCGACGAAUCAGCUUCCAGGGAUUCUGGCUCACACACUACCUCUAUGUGGUUAUCUACAUCCUGACGGUGGUCCAUGGGAGCUACGCUCUGCUUCAACAGCCUAGUUUCUACAUCUACCUGAUCCCUCCGGCUCUGCUCUUCCUCCUGGACAAACUCAUCAGCCUCAACAGGAAGAAGGUGGAGAUCCCUGUGGUCAAUGCUACGUUGCUCCCCUCAGGUGUGACCUUUCUGCAGUUCAAGCGUCCCCAGGGUUUCAUGUACCGCUCGGGCCAGUGGGUGAGGGUGGCGUGCCUGACACUUGGCACCGAUGAGUACCACCCAUUCACCUUGACGUCAGCUCCACAUGAGGAGACCCUCAGCCUUCAUAUCCGCGCUGUAGGUCCCUGGACCAGCCACCUCCGAGAGGCGUACACCCCCGACAACCUGGAGCAACUAGGAACAUAUCCAAAGCUGUACCUGGACGGGCCGUUUGGGGAGGGCCACCAGGAGUGGACGGACUUCGAGGUGUCAGUCCUGGUGGGAGGAGGGAUUGGAGUCACCCCCUUCGCUUCCAUCCUCAAAGACCUGGUCUUUAAGUCCUCCGUCAAGUUUAAGACCCAGUGUAGAAAAGUGUACUUUAUCUGGGUGACUCGUACGCAGCGUCAGUUUGAGUGGGUGUCUGACAUCAUCCGGGAGGUGGAGGAGCAGGACAGUGUGGACCUGGUCUCUGUCCACAUCUACAUCACGCAGCUGGCGGAGAAGUUUGACCUGCGAACCACCAUGCUGUACGUGUGCGAGCGUCACUUCCAGAAGGUGUGGAACAGGAGCCUCUUCACCGGCCUGCGCUCCGUCACCCACUUUGGCCGUCCACCAUUCGUCUCCUUCUUCAGUUCUCUGCAGGAAGUGCAUCCUGAGGUGGGUAAGAUCGGUGUGUUCAGCUGUGGUCCUCCUGGUCUCACUAAGAACGUAGAGAAGGGCUGCCAACAGAUGAACAAGCGAGACCAAGCACAUUUCAUACAUCACUAUGAAAACUUCUAAACUUGUACAACACUACUAGGGAUUUCUGCCCUUACUAGGGACAUACUAGGGGUUACAAUACACACAGCACAUGUUACUAUGGGAAAUAAGAAUUACUGUAUUUUUGUAACGUGCAUCUGAAAUUAACAGGAUAUAUAUAUAUAUAUAUAUCUUCUAAAUGUAAAGUCUUCUCUUGCUACACUACUGUACAACAAAACAACACUGCUCAGGAUUUCUGUCCCUCAAGCAGAGAUGGAGAAUGCUAUAU